AUGGCCGCUGGUAUGAUUCCCGGAUACCACUCUACCGCCGAGUACCACUUUUGCGACGAACAGGCCGAUGCCAUUUGUCGGACUGCCGCCUACCAUCGUAAAGACUACAGCCUUGCAUUGAUCUGGUUCUCGGCUCGUGAGCACACAGAUAUUCGGUCGUCAAUAGCAACUCCAUUCCGAACGACAGCAGACAGAGGGCUUGGGUCCCUCAACAGGCUGCCCUUAGAGCUCUGGUACGAUGUGCUACUCCGUCUGGAUAUGCAAUCCCUAUUCAAGCUGCGGCAGACGAGUCUUGGAUCGAGGGAGUGGGUAGAUUCUUUGCACCAGUAUCAGAUGGUGGUGUCGCAUGGACUCAACCUCUUCUGCGCCCUGUUGCGAACACGACUUGCCGACAGUGUCUCCCUAGCCGGCUUCUACAGUAUAUUGUGCACCGAGGCCUGUGAAUUGUGUGGCGAAUUCACUGGUUAUAUAUCCCUCUUGACCUGGAAGCGCUGCUGUUUCCAAUGUCUCCAGGUUGCACCUGAGCUCCGCUUGCAAACACUUGCCGCUACCCGGAAACAAUUUCACCUCACAAAGGUGGAAACAGGCCAGCUAAGGUCAUUCAAGACUCUACCAGGCAUAUAUUCGAUGGACGAACUCCCGCAAAAGUCCCGCAUUGCGGUCAUUUGUGUUCACCAGGCUAUUCCGGUUGUUAAAAAGAAUGCACCGGCGCUAGGGCAGCCAGUAGGCUCAUCACGAAGCAACAAACUGAACUUCAUGGGCGCCAUUGCCCUCCCAUAUUACGACAGAGGAACUGGCAAAAUCGAACACGGAUUGUCCUGUGCCGGUUGUCAACUUGCUAUCGAGAAGGAUAUCAUUGGUACUAGAGGCGAGAAAUGGGCGUUUGAGGCACGAGAUAAAGUCUAUUCACGACAUGGAUUUUUAGAGCACUUUCGAUGGUGUGAACAGGCUCACGGUUUAUGGAGGUCAAGCGGCGAGGGUGCUCAUGUGCCAAGUGAUCUGCCAGAAGGUGCUCGACGAGGGGGCUAUUUCAAUUUAAGAGAAUGA